AGCGCAGCCGCAGCUCGCUGGAGGGAGAUCGCUGCAGAACAAACACCAACAAAAUAUCACCUUUUCCCUGCGAACCUGAAACACACACGGAUUCCUGUUGGGUUUCGUCUCGCCUCCAGAAUCCAUGAUGUUUAACAGACAGACCAGUUUGUGGAUGGGAGACUUGGACCCAUACAUGGACGAGAACUUCAUCAAGCAGGCUUUCAGCACUAUGGGAGAAUCACCAUUCGGAGUCAAGAUCAUCACACACAGGAUAACAGGUGGUUCAGCAGGAUACUGCUUUGUUGAGCUGGCAGAUGAAGAAAGUGUUGAUCGCUGUGUCCAGAGACUCAACGGAAAACUGGUUCCUGGAUCAAACCCGCCCCGGAAGUUUAAGUUAAACUAUGCAACCUAUGGGAAACGACCAGAAGCAGGGCCGGAGUUCUCAGUGUUUGUGGGCGACUUGGCCUCUGAGGUAGACGACUUCCAACUGCAUCAAGUUUUUAAGAAGUAUCCUUCCUGCAAAGGAGCUAAAGUAGUCACCGACCAGUACGGGUACUCGAGAGGCUAUGGGUUUGUCAAGUUUGGGGAGGAGAGUGAGCAGAAGAAGGCGAUUGAGGAGUGCCAGGGUACAGUGCUGGGAGGGAAGCCACUCAGGCUCAGUAUUGCUGUAGCAAAGAGUCAGAAGAUGAACACUUACCAUGGAGGGCAAGGCCAGAGCUACAACAGCAGCUACAACCAGACUCAGCCUGGCUACUACGGCAGUCCUAUGGGGAAUCAGGGAGGUUACUAUUCUCAGUGGGGCAACUAUGACCAAUAUGGUGGCUACAACAGCAGUGGCUACGGCAGCGGCUACAACAGUGGCUACGGAAGUGGCUACAACUACAACUACGGGCCCUAUGGAUAUCCUCCGCCAGGCCACAUGAUGCCACCACCUCCCGUGGGGAUGCCACCCACGUCCACUGACAUGACAGGAGCUGCAGAGAGCCAAGAGCAGACUGAAGAAGCAGAGGAAAACACAGAAGAACCCAUUUCUGAAUGUGACGUGGAGCUGUGGAACAAGGAAUUUAUGCAGCGCAGCGAGGAGCUCUACGACGCCAUGAUGAACUGUCACUGGGAAGCACUGGACUCUGUUGACUCCCCUAUACCCCCUUCUUCUUGAUACUUUGUUUUUUUUAAGCUCUUAUCUCACCUUUAACCUUCAAUGCUUUUUUUCCGUAAAAAAAAAACAAAAAGAAAAAACAAGACUUUGUAUUCCAGGAAUCUUCCACCACAUUGUAGUUCACCGUCUUGGUUCCCCUCCAAGUAAAGACUGUACAUACACAUACUGGUUUCUCUUCUAACAGUUGAAGUGCACAGACAUGUUCACCUGGCUGUAUUUUUUUACCAUGUUGGUAACGGACAGUAAAGGAGUAAUGAAUGCAGUCACUCAUUACUGUCUCCUAUAUCGUCUUUGAACACCAGGGCUGUGAAGAUGGAAGUGCUGAAAGUUGCAGCUUCACACGCUGGAUGACGUGUGUUGUUAUUUUACCACUUAAUGAGGUCACGGGUGGGGAAAAAAGAAGCUUGUUCGUUGUUGUUGCAGUGGCCAGCAAAAAAAUCCCUUUGCUUGUCAAAGUCUUUUGAAGACUAAACUGAAAACGAUGCCUUUCAUUGUCUUUUGCCUUGUAGCUCCUGUCAAUCCAGGAUGAUUGCUGGAAAUACUUUGCAGAUAAAGGACGUCCGUCCAAACUGUCUCGUUCAGUUUUUAAUGAAGGACUAUUACACUUUUGUUUAUUUUUCUUUUCAAUUUAAUGAACUAGGUACAUUUCAGAGUGUACAAAGAGGAAAUUAAGUUUAGUGAAAGACUACAACAAAUUAUUGUAACUGUUCUACAGAAAAAGCUCAUCGGGAAAAAACCUUCCUGAUAUGUUUGAACGCUUGUUAAAUUGUAAAGUUUCUGUGACGUUCCCGGUUGAUUUUUAUGUCAGAUUACACGUCAGCAUUUAUUUUUGUUUAAUGACUGAUGUUUUGUAUAUAUUUUCUUUCUGGAGAUGUUUUAUCAAUAAAGACAAAUUUAGGAGAAAGGCAUCUGUAUUUACUGUCUGUAUAUUGAAAAAUAACUUUUUUUUUAAGAUAAAGCAUAAAUUACAUACAUUUCAAUACCUGUAU